AUGGAUCCUGCAGAUCGAGACACCUUCGCGCCUAGGCAUAUUGGUCGCAAUGUCUUCCCAAAUUUCUUGUACUGGGGGCGAUUGGUUCGAUUAGCACAUAAGCAGCACCUCUUGGCUGUUCGCGACCUCACAUUUGGCUACACGGCGACAUACCAGCAAUUACUGACGGAUGUGCUGCACUACCGGAAUACGAUUCAUUUACAGCUGGAUCACGAGACACAGGAUCGAUUAGCGCGCGAUGAGGAGGUCUUCGUGAAUGUGCUUGGACCUGGCGGCUAUGAGUUCACUGUAGCUUUUUUGGCACUGAUGGCUCUUGGCGCAGUAAUCGUCCCAAUCUCACCGGACCUGCCUGUCAAGGAGGCUGAAUAUUUUGCCACCAAGUGUACUUCUGUCGCCGUUCUGACGGCACAGAAAUGUAUGAAGCUUGGAGGAGAGCUUGAGAAUGUGAUGCGACGGAAGGGCGACUCGAGAUUCCAGCGGAUUGAGAUCGCGCCGCAUAUAAUGCAGACACCAUUACCGCUGGACCGUAUACUUGUCAGUUCCGACAAAUACUUCGAUAUGAAUAAGUCUGGACAAAUCAUCUUCACGUCCGGCACAACAGGUCCACCCAAGGGUGCGGUCAAGCGACGAGGAUUCUUCAUCGAUGUGGCGACUAUGUUUUGCGACCAGUACGACAUGCGAGAAGGUGAUCUAGUGUUACAUGUCCUGCCCGUGCACCACGCCACAGGCACGACACUCACUUUGCUACCCUUUCUGUGGGCAGGUGGCACCAUCGAAUUCAGAAGUGGUGGGUUCAAUACGGAAUGGACGUGGGAUAGGAUAUCCAAGGGCGACCUUGAUUUCUUCUCAGGCGUGCCAACAAUCUAUAUGCGACUUAUGGCACAUUACGAACAAGUCCUUCGCAAGCUACCGGAUUCGCAUCGGAUCAAGUACGACCAAGGAGCACAACGAAUACGAAGCAUGCUAUGCGGCACCUCGGCGCUACCUCGGCCGCUGCAGAACAAAUGGACAUCACUCCGCAACGGCAAACCUAUUCUCACUCGGUACGGGCUGACGGAAGCUGGGAACGCAUUCAAUGUUGCACCCUGGCAAGCGAUGCAAGUGCCUGAUGGGUCCGUUGGGACGAAGAUGGCGGGUGUCGAUGCCAAGCUGUCGGCAUACCCUGAGGGCGAGAUUCUGAUCAAAAGUCCCAUCAUGUUCAGUAAGUACUUGUAUGACCGAGAAGCGACAGCAAACAGUCUCGACGAAGAGGGAUACUUCAAGACAGGUGACAUUGCACGGAAGGAGGGCGAUUUCUACUUCAUACUCGGUCGCGCCAGUGUCGACAUUAUUAAAAGUGGUGGUUACAAGAUCUCAGCACUGGAUAUCGAGCGCGAAAUCCUCGGGCUCGAUUAUGUAGCUGAAGUCAUGGUUGCAGGUGUGGAAGACGAGGAGUUUGGUCAACGCGUCGCAGCUGCCAUUGUACUCAAGCCGGACGACAAAGCGAAUGGUCUGACGCUGGACAGACUCCGACAAGAUUUGAGGACAAGUCUAGCGGGGUACAAAAUGCCGACACUCCUUCGGAUGAUCGAUGGCGAGCUGAGAAAGAACGCCACAGGAAAGGUGAUCAAAAAAGCCCUCAUCCCAGAAUACUUCCCUGGUCAAGAUGCACAGGGCGUACAGAAAUGGACUGGACGGAAGAGCAAGCUGUAG